CAGUGUAAAAUAAGAUGGUCACACAGUACACUUUAUAUCUGAUUACUGUGUCCUUUUCUGAUGCAAACUUUCCACAUCAGAAGAAAAGAUGAGAAAACUUUGGGUGGGAUGAAUGAGGGAGUACAUAUAAUUACAUUUAAUAACAGAGAAUAUAUUCUGUUACAGUUUACAAGUUCUCAAAAAGCUCAGGAUCAACAUAAUUUUACAUUGACUUAUAAUAAUGGAAAGCAAAAUUAUCUCUUGUUUCUUGCAAAGCAAUUUGUUGGGUGAAAAUAAUAAAACUCAUGUGUAUAUGGAAAAUAACCACUAGAGGGAGGCAUUGUUCUUCCUAAUAGACUUCACCACUACCCACCAUCUCUUGUUUUUCAGUUUUUCUAUUCCAUUUUUCUAAUUUUAAUUGUUGUCUGGUACUUUUAAAAACCUUUUUAUUAUAUUGUAAGCCACCCAGAAUCACUCUAUCAGUGAAAUACAAGGCAUAGAAAUUUCAUAAAUCAAUUAAUUAAAGGAAUGACAAUGACAAUAUUUUAUAAAUACCGUACUCAUUAAAAACAAAAAUGCUGGGAAAGAAUAUAAUUUUGGGUAAGUUAAAAGGGAAAAAAGAAGACAUCAACCAAUAGAAAGAUAGAUGGACUCAAUUACAACAGGCAUGGUUCCCCUUGGCAGACUGAAGGACCUGAUGAGGAUACAUUGUCCUGGAGAAAAUCUAUGUGAUCAAAAGAGUUGACAAUAACUUGAUACACAAUUGAUGAAUCAACUUGCGAGUUUCUUAUAAUUUCAGGUUAUCUGACCAUGUUGAAACCAAGUGUCUAACAAUAAGCUCUAAGGCUAUAUUUGCAGUUUUCUCCUCGUUGGAUUUGCUUCUCUUCCUGGUUCCCUUUCCCCCCACUUGGACUUGGGUUGUCAUCCCCCAUGUUAUUCAAAGGGUUUCCAACUGUGGUGUUGAAGAAGACUCUGGACUGCAAGAUGCUUGGACUGCAAGAUCAAAUCUUGAUUAACAAGAAGACACAGCAAAACUUAUCUUCAAAUCAGAGAAAUAUUAUUGUUUGAUAUCUAAAAGGAGAACAAUGGAACAAUUUAAAGGACUGUUGAGGUGCUCCAGGAUAUGGCUAUUGCUGCUUAUGAUUCACUUCAAUGAAAAUGUGAGGGCAGAAGAAGUACAAAUCAUCAGAAAAAUGAAUCCUGAAUCCCACAUGAAUAUUGUGCUCCAGGAUAUGGCUAUGGCUGCUUAUGAUACACUUCAAUGAAAAUGUGAGGUCAGAAGAAGUAGAAAUCAUCGGGAAAAUGAAUCCUGAAUCCCACAUGAAUAUUAGUGAAAUAAUUCAGUUCUGGGGAUAUCCAGCAGAAGAACAUGAAGUUCUUACAGACGAUGGUUACUACUUGUCCCUGAACAGGAUCCCAGGACAUACAAAGAGUUCCAAAUCUUCUGUACUCUUGGUUCAUUGUUUGGAUAUGGAAGGCAGCGUUUGGAUAGCAAACCUUCCGCACCAGAGCCUGGGUUUCAUACUAGCAGAUGCUGGAUAUGAUGUGUGGAUUGCCAAUGUCAGAGGAAAUACUUGGUCCAGGAGGCACCAACAUUUCUCAAUUGAUGACGAAGAGUAUUGGAAUUUCAGUUUUCACGAACUUGGUAUAUAUGACCUUUCAGCCAUAAUAAACUUUAUCCUUCAGAAAAAUGGAGAGGAGGAUAUCUAUUAUGUCUGCCAUUCACAAGGCUGCACUAUGGGCUUUGUAGGUUUUUCAAUAAUACCUCACCUGGCUGCUAAGAUCAAGAUGUUUUUUGCCUUGGCCCCUUCAUAUACCCUUCAGUAUACGAAAAGUGUGAUAUUGCAACUCACACGUUUGCCAGAGUCAUUGUUGAAGCUUAUAUUUGGCAGAAAGGAAUUCUGCUUGCUGAGCCCCACGCUGAGAGCACGGCUGGCCCGAAUGUGCAGUUACCAACCAUUCAGCAUGAUCUGCAAACAAGGCCUUUUUCUGGUUAGUGGUUUCCACGACAGAAGUCUGAAUACGAGUCGGGUUGAUGUCUACAUAUCACGAUUCCCAGAUUAUACCUCUGUGAAAAAUAUCGUCCAUUGGAGUCAGACAUCUCACUCAGGUCAAUUUGCAUAUUAUGAUUAUGGCUCAAAGAACAAAGAUAUAUACAACCAGACAACUCCUCCUCUGUACGACAUUGAAGCAAUCACCAUCCCAAUAGCCAUGUGGAGUGGGGGUCAGGACUGGGUUUCCCAACCCCCUGAAAUUGCACAACUGCGACAUCGAAUUACUAAUCUCAUUCACGAGAAGAAGUUUCCCGAGUGGAACCACUGGGAUUUCAUUUGGGGUCUUGAUGCUGCUUCCUGCUUGUAUAAAGAAAUACUUGCUUUGAUGGCAACAUUGUAGGAGGGGGGAAAUGAACAGGGUAGAAUAUGGCAGCCAAAAAUCAGGAGUCUGGCAACAUUUUUUUAAUGACUAGAAAUUUUAUUAUAGGCAUCAGCUUUGGUGAACUGUAACCGACUUCAUCGGGUGCACAAAGUUGCUAAAUUUUGUAGGAUUUAAAUUAGGAAAGGGAAACAGGAUUUAAAUUAGGAAAGAG